AUGUGGGGAUUUCGCUCAUCAUCAACAUUAGCAAACAUAUUUCUCCUUCUCUUAGUUGCCAUGAACCUUUCAGUAAGCCAUGUUUCAGCUUCUAAACAAUUUCAAAAUGAGACUGAUCGUCUUGCUCUGCUUGAAUUCAAGAAUCAGAUAUACGAUGAUCCAUUUGGAGUCCUAAAGUCCUGGAACCAUUCACAACACCAUUGUCACUGGGAAGGAGUCACAUGCAGUGCCCGACAUCAAAGGGUCAUGGCCUUGACUCUAAGGGAAAAGCACUUGUCUGGAACCAUAUCUCCUCAUGUCGGAAAUCUAAGCUUCAUGAGGUUCAUCCAACUUCCGGGGAAUCAAUUCCAUGGUGAGAUUCCCCAAGAAUUUGGUCGCCUCUUCAGGCUAAGAGCCUUGAACCUGUCAAUUAAUGCACUCGUUGGAGAAAUCCCAGCAAACCUGAGCUACUGCACAGAGUUGAUAAAUAUUAGCCUACGUGACAACAAGCUAGAAGGGAAAAUUCCGAUUGAUCAGCUGAGCAAUUUGAAGAAGCUUGAAAAUUUUUAUCUUUACAAAAACAAUUUCACAGGAGAGAUUCCCUCCUCAAUUGGGAACUUAUCAUCAUUGAUCCGGAUUGGAUUCAGCUUAAACAAUCUGGAGGGAAAUUUGCCCGUGGAAAUGGGGCUCUUAAAAAGGUUAUCUUUUUUUUCAGCAGCAGAAAAUAAACUAUCUGGUAUAAUCCCUGCCUCCAUCUUUAAUAGUUCAGCCAUUAUUUCAUUUUCAGUAGCCGCCAAUUCCUUUCAUGGCAAUCUCCCAACCAACGUAGGUCACACCCUACCAAAUCUGCAAAAAUUAUAUCUUGGGGGAAACAAGUUCUAUGGAAACUUUCCGACUUCAAUCACCAAUGCUUCUGGGCUUGACGUACUCGAUCUUCCUAGAAAUAAUUUUAAAGGCCAAAUUCCAACUAAUUUAGGAGAUCUGACACAACUUAAAUUAUUAAAUCUUGCUGCUAAUUUCUUCGGCAAUAAUCCUACCGGAGACUUGGACUUUGUUGCAUCAUUGACCAACUGCAGCAAUCUAAGAAUUCUUUCCUUGAGUGCCAAUACAUUUGGAGGUAAUGUACCUAAAGUCAUGGCCAAUCUCUCACAUCAACUCACUGAAUUGUACAUGGGGUGGAAUCAACUGUCAGGAACUAUUCCAGAAGGGUUUGGACAUCUUGUCAAUUUAGAUAUCCUUAACCUUGAAGCAAACUCUCUUUUUGGGCUCAUUCCAAGAGAUUUUGCCAAAUUACAAAAUUUGCAACUUCUGAGUCUAGACCAAAAUGAGUUGUCAGGACAGAUCGUCCCCACCCUAUGCAAUGCCACUGCUCUAUACUUUCUAGAGUUAUCAACUAACCAGUUUGAAGGGGGUAAUAUAUUUGACAACGUUCUUAUGAACUGUCAAAAUUUGCAAUAUCUGGAUAUAUCUCAUAACAACUUCACUGGAAUUAUAUCACCACAAUUUUUGCAGACGCACUCAUCACUGAUGUACAUCAAAAUAGAUGAAAAUUCAUUUAGUGGUUCUCUGCCUCCUGAAUUUGGAAAGCUUAUACAUUUGGUGGAUUUCAAUGUUUCUCAAAAUCAAUUUGCUGGAGAUAUACCCAUCUCACUUGCUGAUUGUUCAAAUCUGGAGAAUCUUUUUAUGCAGGCCAAUUUUUUCCAAGGAACAAUUCCACCAAAUUUGGCUUCUUGGAAGAGCAUCCAGCAAUUAGAUCUUUCAAGUAAUAAUUUGACUGGACCAAUACCAAAAGAACUUGAGAAGCUUCAAUAUUUGAGGUACUUAAACCUUUCCUACAACGACAUCGAGGGUGAGAUACCAAACACGGGGAUUUUCAGCAAUGCAAGUCAAAUAUCAUUGAUUGGCAACAACAAACUCUGUGGAGGCAUUCCAGAAUUGGAGUUCCCUCCUUGCCCAGUGAUUAAGGGGAAAAACAGAGGAAAGCUGAAGGUUGUCAUAUUGCUGUCCAUUGUUUUACCGGCAACGCUUCUGGUUCUUGUUACAGUGUUGUUAUAUUUCUUGGUAUAUCGAAAAAGAGAAAGAAGACUGGUGGCCAGAUUCUCUAGCAUGCCUACAAGAGUCGAUAAGCUCUUGCGAGUUUCUUACCAUGAACUGCAUCGUGCAACUUCAGGAUUUUCUCCAGAAAACUUAAUUGGUUCAGGGCAUUUUGGAGCUGUCUACAAAGGCACACUAGAAAAACAUGGCAAUAAGCUUGUAGCAGUCAAAGUUCUUGAUCUUCAAAAGAAUGGGGCUUCCAAAAGUUUUAAGGCCGAGUGCAAAACAUUGAGAAACAUUCGCCAUAGAAACCUCAUCUCUAUCGUGAGUUAUUGCUCCAGUAUUGAUUCCAAGGGUGAUGAAUUCAAAGCUCUAGUCUAUGCGUUUUUGGAAAAUGGGAAUCUGGACUUGUGGUUGCAUCCUGCAGAGACAACUGAUCACUCAACAAGUCUUAAUCUUCUUCAGAAGCUAAAUAUUGCAAUUGAUGUGGCUUCAGCAUUGCAAUAUCUUCACGACCACUGCGAAGCAGAGAUUGUUCAUUGUGAUCUAAAACCAAGUAACAUUCUUCUUGACAAUGAUCUUGUUGCCCAUGUGGGUGAUUUUGGAUUGGCGAGGCUCCUCCCAAAACCCAUCAACAUAUCUUCCGAGCAAGGAACCAGCAGUACUAUUGCCAUGAAAGGAUCAAUCGGUUACGCAGCUCCAGAGUAUGGCAUGGGUCAUGCGGCAUCAACUCCAGGGGAUGUCUACAGCUACGGCAUUCUUUUACUAGAGAUGAUCACAAAGAGGAGGCCAACAGAUGAUAUGUUCAUGGAUGAGCUAGAUAUAUAUAACUAUGUUAACAGAGCUUUGCAUGAACAAGUUUCCGAGAUCGUGGACCCAUUGCAUCUUUCUGAAGGAAGAGAUGAAAACAGUAGAAUUACUCAUGGAGAGGAAACUAUUAAUGGUGGAAAAGAGAUGGAGUGCAUUAUUUCCCUACUGAAAAUUGGACUUAAGUGCUCUGCAAGAUUACCAAAUGAUAGGAUGCAUAUGAAUGAAGCUGUCAGAAAAUUACAUUUCAUUAAGGAUGUUUUCCUUAAUGUCAGGGCACAACAAGAAAAUGUUCAAGCUUAA